GACGGUGUUUAUACGCAACAAGCCCUAGAUCAAAUUAUCACACAUCUUAUGGAGGAAAAUCCGCAGUCAAAUGCCCCGCCCCCAGCGUCAGAAGAGACGAUCGCAAAACUGCCAAGAAAGAAGUUGGACGAUCAGAUGCUGGGAGGUGAAUCAAAAGGGGAGUGUACCAUUUGUAUCGACGAUAUGCAGCUAGGGGAUGAAGCCCUCGUGCUGCCGUGUAAGCACUGGUUUCAUGAAGAGUGUGCAGUCCUCUGGCUGAAGGAGCAUAAUACCUGCCCUAUUUGUCGG